AUGCCAUCUCUCCUUGAUGGCUUCCCGACCAAGGCACCGUCUGCAACAGCACAAAAACUCCGAUAUGCAGACGUCGCUGUAACAGCAACAGCAAAGGAGUUCGCUGGGUUCUAUCGUGGCAAGCAAUACCAUGAACCCGACUUCGACGCUGUCCUGGACCGCGCUCUAGCCGCUGGAGUCGAGAAAGUAAUGUUGACAGGCAUGUACGCCGCCGACGUACCCGUCAACAUUGCCAUUGCCCACAAGCGGCCAGAGCAAUGCAAAAUCACCAUUGGCGUCCACCCGUACCAUGCGGUUGAGGCAGAUGAAGGUGGCGAGGAGUAUUAUGCGUCGAUUUCCGAAACCAUUUCCCGGACUAUGGAGCAAGAGCCGCAUGUCCUGGCCGCUUUUGGAGAACUAGGGCUCGACUACGAUAAGCUAGCUGCCGCCCCUAAGGAAGUCCAGAUCCGCGUGUUCAGGCGCCAGCUCGAUAUGAUUGUGACUGCGGGGUGGAAGUUACCGUUGUUCCUACACUGUCGCGCUGCUUUUGAGGAUUUCGUUUCUAUCCUCGAGUCGUACUGGGAGAAGCUCCCCCUUCGCUCGGGCUUAGUGCAUUCGUUUGUGGGGACUACGCAGCAGAUGCAAAAGCUCGUUAGCAUGGGCUUGCAUGUCAGUGUUAACAAUUUUGCGUUCCGGGAUAGAGAUAGUUUGGAGAUGGUUCGCGAUGUGCCGCUUGAAAAGCUGCAGGUUGAGACGGAUGCGCCGUGGGGUGAGAUUCAGGUGUCGAGUGAGGUUGCGAAGGCUUACUUGCAGAAUGCGACGAAGUGGGCUUGGGGGAGCAAGAAGAAGGAUAAGUUUAGUUUAGGGGAUAUGGUUAAGGAGCGUAAUGAGAGUUGUAAUGUGGAGAAGGUGGCGCUCGUGGUGUCUGGCUUGAAGGGAUUGAGUGUUGAGGAGGUGGCUGAGAGUGCGUGGGGUAAUAGUAUAACCAUGUUCUUCUCGCAAUCAACGAGUGCGUGA